AUGGCACACAAAUCAAGAUCGAAUAGAAAAAUAACAAAUAAUUCUUCACGUGAUCAAUUUUCGAACUCAACAAACAAAGAAAAUAAAGAAAGUAUAACACUUAUUUGGUAUGAUCCUAAUAUUGGAUCCUAUGAAGAUACUGAAAAAACAAAAGAACAACUUCGUCUUACUAAUGAUUAUGUCAUUUUUUCUAAUGAUCUUGAAGAAUGCAUGACAUUUAUUCAAUUAAUUUAUCAGGAAAAAAUUUUUUUCAUUACAUCAGGAUCAAAAGCAUCAGAAAUUUUACCUGUAAUUUCUGCGUUUCGUCAAAUUGAUUCAAUUUUUAUCCUUUGUAUGGAAAAAGAACGAUAUGAGCAUUUAUUAAAUGAAUAUGUUAAUAUUAUUGGAAUCUAUACUCAUAUUGAUGAUCUAUGCAAAUCAAUUAAAGAACAACUCGAACUUUUUAAUAAACAAUUACAAGCAUUUUCUUUUUUUGAUCAAUAUCAAAAAGCGACUAAAGAUUUAUCGAAAGAAUCAGCACAUUUUCUUUGGUUUCAAUUAUUUAGUUAUGUUAUUGUUCGUCUUCCACGAGAUCAACAUGCAAAACAACAAAUGAUUCAAAUAUGUAAAGAAUAUUACCGUGGAAAUACAAAACACAUGAAAUUAAUUCGUGAAUUUGAAGAAAAUUAUCGAUCAGAGGAUGCAAUUCGUUGGUAUUCGAAACAAUCAUUUGUUUAUAAAUUAAUUAAUAAAGCAUUAAGAAUUGAAGAUAUUGAUUUGUUAUAUACAUUUCGAUAUUUUAUUGCUGAUCUUUGUGAAAAUCUUCAACGUAAACAUGAACACAUUUUAUUAUCAAAAGAAAAAAUUUUAAAUGUUUAUCGAGGAACUAAACUUGAAAAAGAAGAAUUUGAUAAAAUAAAAACAAAUCAACGAAAACUUAUUUCAACAAAUGGAUAUUUAUCAACUAGUCGAUUAAAAUCAUUAGCAUUACACUUUGCAACGAAACAUACAAGAAAAAAUGAUGAUAUUUCUGUUCUUUUUCAUAUUCAAUGUAAUAUUGAACAAGUUGAUAAAAAUAUUAUUUUUGCUGAUAUUCAUGAAUUUAGUCAAUUUCCAGAAGAACAAGAAGUUUUAUUUGGUUUAAAUUGUUGUUUUGAAAUUGAAUCUAUUGAAGAAAAUGAACCAGUUAAAAUAAUUAAAAUGAAUCUUUCAAAUGAAGGACAAAACAUUACUAAAGGUUUUAUUGAAUUAACACAAAAAGAAACAGAUGAAUUAAGUGUUUCAAUUGUUUUUGGAAGAUUAUUAUGUUCUAUAGGUGAAUAUGAUAAAUCACAAAAAUAUUUUCAAAAAUUAUUACAUGAUUCAAAUGAUGAAGAUCAUGCUUGGAUUGAAUUUAAUAUUGGUCGAGCUAUCGAUUUUAAAGGUGAAUGGAUUGAAGCUCGAAAAUAUUAUGAACGUGCAUAUGAUCAAAUGAUGAAAAAUAAACCAGCACGAAUCAAAGAUUCUGCUCAUGUACUCAACAAUAUUGGGAACAUUCUCAAUCGAGAAGGAAAAUACGAUGAAGCUCUUAAAUAUCAUCAGCAAGCAUUAAAAAUUCGUCAGAUGUUUUAUCCAUGUGAUCAUGUUGAUAUAGCUACUAGUCUCAAUAACAUUGGUAUUAUUCUCUAUCUACAAGGAAAAUGUGAUGUAGCUCUCAAUUAUCUUCAAAAUGCACGGAAUAUUCAAAAGAAAAUUUAUCCAUCUAAUCAUGUCGUUAUUGCAACAAGCUUAGUCUGGAUUGGUAAUAUUCUUAACGAUAAAGGAAUGUUUAAUGAAGCUCUCAAUUAUUAUCAACAAGCACUACAAAUUCAAGAACAAUUUUAUCCAUGUGGUCAUGCUGAUAUUGCUCAUAGCCUUAACAACAUAGGUGCUAUACUCAAUAAACUUAGAAUGUUCGAUAGAGCUCUCGAUUAUCAUCAACAAGCAUUAAAAAUGAGAGAGAAAAUUUAUCCAUCUGGUCAUAUCGAUAUUGCUGCUAGUCUCAACAAUAUUGGUCUCAUUCUCAAAAUUCAAGGAAAGAACGAUGAAGCUCUCGAUUAUCAUCAACGAGCAUUGAAAAUUCGACAACAAUUUUAUCCAUCUGGUCAUGCCGAUACUGCUUAUAGUUUGUAUAAUAUUGGUGUUUGUUAUGAAAAUCAGAAUAAGCAAACGAUGGCACUUGACUAUUAUCGACAGGCAUUGGCUAUUUAUGAGAAGUGUCUUCCUGUUGAUCAUCCAUAUCGACAGAGAAUCGAGGGCAAUAUUCGUCGACUUACUGAAAAAAAAUAA